UAGCCACCCUAACGAGAUUGCUUGGGGAUUUGACGGCGGUCUCCAGGCAACACACCCUAACAAAAUCCUUCCCACUCCGCCGACCGAGGCGGCCUGAAACGCAUCGCCACAUCCUUCAACCCUUCUGCUGCCCCUGCGCCGGCUUAGCAGCUCCGCGGCGAGAUGGGAUACACAAAAGACCAGCUGCUUGCUCGCCUACGAGAACUCCAGAUCGAUUUCAUUUGCUAUGAUCAUCCUGCUGUAUUGACAGUUGAAGCACAGGCAAAGCACGUUGCUCAUUUGGGAGGUGCAUUAAGUAAAAAUUUGCUGUUAAAGGACAAGAAGAAUAGGUUUUAUGUUGUUUCAGCUCUCGCAGGAACAAAUAUUGACAUGAAAGUUUUGUCCCAACGGCUUGGUUUGGGAAAAGGAGGUUUGCGAAUGGCUCCUGAAGAAGCUUUGCAAGAAAUACUUCAGGUGCCAAUGGGAUGUGUUACUCCAUUUGCAUUAAUUAAUGAUUCUGCAAGUGCUGUUUCAUUGUUGUUGGAUCAAGGUUUCAAGGCUCAAAAGUGCUGCUAUUUUCACCCUCUCACAAACGAGACAACUAUUUCUCUCAGUGCAAGCGACCUCAACAAGUUUCUGACUUCAAUUGGAAGACAGCCAACUUAUGUGGACUUGGAGGCUUCUCCAUUGGUAGGAAAGGACAAUCCACCUGAUCUUGCAUCGCUUGUUCCAUCUGGGGUUCCUACUUUGACAGGAGACACAAUUAAGGCAGUUCCUGCUCAAAUGAUGUGUCCAAGGAGAAAUCAACAGAUUGUGCAGGAUUGCCAAAUAGGCUACCAGCACAAUCAGCUAUUUUUAGAAUUAUUCUUAUUUAGCUUAUUGUUAUCAGCACCCCCUCCCUCCUGCCCCCACCCCCCGCCUGAAAAAAGCAGCCCAGCAAAACUCAGUCUAGGACAAGCUAAUAGUCGGCCGGAUCUUCCGAAAAAUGCAGUGGAGAAGACUCAAAACAGAGUAGACGCAUUGGCUGAAGCUUCUGAUGUGGGAAAAUUUGUAAAUGAAAUUAUAGAUAAAAUAUCCACAGCCUUUUUAUCAGAGGUGUCUAAGAAUUCAAAUGUUCAACAGAUGGAACUUCGUGGACGUUCAGUAUUGGAUGGAAUCAGAAAGCGGGUUGUGUCUGAUUUGGAGAACAUGACUAUGAGUAUGAAGAAUGCAGCAUAUACACAGGGGUUCCAUGCAGGUUUCCAAUCCAUGCUUCAGUCUGGUAUUCAAAACCAAUCAUUCCGAAACUAGUUGCAUGAUAGGUAGAAGAAACAAAAAGGACUGAACAUGAUGUAUAUUUCGAACAUAUGUUUUUACUUCUAUGAUGAUUGUGGGAUUAAAAUUUUUGUGUCAAAUAUCCAUUCCUUAUCUUCAUGUCUACUCGAUUCCAUUCACAGUAUGGAUGCAUUUGUAUGCUUGCAUUA